AUGAGCGAUCAGAAGAUCCCCAGCGUUAUCAAGCGCCCGCUUCCCAACGGUGUCAUCUAUGACAUGUCAACCGCCGGACAAGUGCGCAUCACACUCCCCGAAUCUUCAACCUGGUCAAGCGGUCUUCAUUGGCAUGAGUCCCACGACGAGUACUUGAAAGUGGUGAAAGGAACAAUUCGAGUCCGGCUGGGAGAUUCGCGGCAGGUCAUUAGCGCUUCUGAUGGCAAUCAGCCUGAGAUCAAAGUCCCGCGCUAUGCGUGGCACGAAUGGCAGCGAGCAGCACCAGAUGGCGAAGAGGUCGUCGUGGUUGAGAGGACAGAGCCAGAUGAUAACGAUAAAGCCAUAUUCUUUUGGAAUCUCAAUGGCGUCAUUCUCAAUAGCCCCAAGAUGUUCAGUGAUGAGACCUCGGUGGUAUCCAGGUUGCCAUCGAGACUGCAAGGGUUGUUUCUUGAUGUUUGGAUUCCUCUGAAUCUCUACAUUAUUUUUCGUUGCUUGGACAAUAUCCCUGUAUUCCUGAAUGUGCCCGACCUCUCGCGGGUAUCAGACGAUAGAUUGAGAGGCCUGCUACAGAACAUCGACACAGUCAUUUCGCACCUCAUUCUGCUUGUUGCUUCGUGCGUUGGAUUCGUUUUGGGACUACAGCCAGUUCAACGGAAAUACACGCCUGACGAUGCGUAUUCGACGUGGCAAUCGCGACGACAAAAUGUCAAGAAGACCGCAUAA